AGCAACUCCUGCUGCGAAGGAGAGAGGGUCGUAAGGAGACUCGGGGCUAGGGUCGCGGAGGGAGUCGGAGAGUCUCAGGUUCUUGGUAGCGUGUGGUAAUAGAGCGGGGUUUGCUUGUCCUGCCGAGGGCUUCCGGGACAGGGCUGGCUUCUAGGGGUUUUGUAUUUUUUCAAAGGGGAGGUGUAAGGAGGGAAGAGAAUGACAGAAUACUGACUGGAACGCUAAUUGGAGAUUUUCAAAUGGGAAGAGCAGAAUAAUUCCAUAUUCUUCUUCCUUCAAUUGCCCCAUUAGGCAGGCUGACUUCUAUUUUGAAUUCUCAACUGAAAUCAGCCAGUGUGUUUGGCAGAUAUUGACCUAAUUUAGGGGUUAGAGUUUGAGCCAAUUUAAAUGCAUUUUACUUAGGGCCCACAAUACAACCACUGUUUACGAUGGAACUUCUGCUGAAAACCUGUGUACUUAGAAGAAAUGCAUGUACUGCGGUUUGCUUCUGGAGAAGCCAUGCUGUACAAAAGCCUUCAGUUAAAAAGAUUAGUACUACCUCUCCAAGGAGCACCGUCAUGCCCGCUUGGGUGAUAGAUAAAUACGGAAAGAACGAGGUGCUUCGAUUUACUCAGAACAUGAUGAUACCUGUCAUACACUAUCCAAAUGAAGUUAUUAUCAAAGUUCACGCCGCGAGUGUAAAUCCUAUAGAUGUUAAUAUGAGAAGUGGUUAUGGAGCUACGGCUUUAAAUAUGAAACGUGAUCCUCUACAUAUUAAAACCAAAGGAGAAGAAUUUCCCCUGACUCUGGGCCGGGACGUCUCUGGGGUGGUGAUGGAAUGUGGACUUGAUGUGAGGUACUUCAAGCCUGGAGAUGAGGUCUGGGCUGCAGUUCCUCCCUGGAAACAAGGCACUCUGUCAGAGUUCGUUGUAGUCAGUGGGAAUGAGGUCUCUCUGAAGCCCAAAUCACUCACUCAUACUCAAGCUGCCUCUUUGCCGUAUGUGGCUCUCACAGCCUGGUCUGCCAUACACAAGGUUGGCGGCCUGAAUGACAAGAAUUGCACAGGAAAACGUGUUUUAAUCUUGGGUGCUUCAGGUGGAGUUGGUACUUUUGCUAUACAGGUAAUGAAAGCAUGGGCUGCUCAUGUGACAGCAGUUUGCUCUCAGGAUGCGAGUGAACUUGUAAGGAAGCUCGGCGCAGAUGACGUAAUUGAUUACAGAUCUGGAAAUAUGGAAGAGCAGUUGAAAUCUUUAAAACCGUUUGAUUUCAUUCUUGAUAAUGUUGGUGGAUCCACUGAAACGUGGGCUCUAAAUUUUCUCAAGAAAUGGUCAGGAGCCACAUAUGUGACUUUGGUGACUCCUUUUCUCCUGAACAUGGACCGAUUGGGCAUAGCAGACGGCAUGUUGCAGACAGGAGUCACCAUGGGUUCCAAGACGUUAAAGCAUUUUUGGCAAGGAGUCCAUUAUCGCUGGGCUUUUUUCAUGGCCAGCGGUCUAUAUCUAGAUGACAUCGCAAAACUGGUGGACGAGGGAAAGAUUCAGCCAGUUAUUGAAAAAACCUUCCCUUUCUCUAAAGUUCCAGAAGCCUUCCUGAAGGUAGAAAGAGGACAUGCGAGAGGAAAGACUGUAAUUAAUGUCAUUUAAAUAAACUCUCAGUUUGGUGA